UCACAGCGGCGACUAUUUUUACGGUUACGGUUUGAUUCAGCAUCUAUUGCAGUUGACGCUAGAUUCUUGAGGAUGAAUUAUUCGGAGCCGCUGAUGCUAGAUUCAGCGUCUAUCAAAAGAACAAGGCUAUUGUAAUACCACAUCAUAUUAUACAAUUCCCUGACGUAGGAAUUAAGCGCACAAAUAAGAUGAAAGAGACCAGAUCCAAGCUCACAAAUUUCUAAAGCUAGUGUGUGCACUCUGUGCAGUGACGUAGCCAGCUUAGUCGGAAUGGGGGCACAUGCACCCAUAGUUUUAUGAAUAUGUAAGCUUUUGUGAAUAGAACCAUUAAGAUUUUAUUGGAUGUGAUGGUAAAUGUUGUGUUGUGCACCCAUAACUUUCUUAAUCUCGAUUCUCUCCUGUGUCAUUUUCUUGUUUUGUAACAAACGUCCCCCAUGAAAUUUUGUUCUAGAUUCGCUCCUGAGUGUGUGAGAAGAUAUCUGCCACAGCAAAGAUGAACGUUGGAUGGCAUGCAGCCUGUAUAACACUAUACUGGACGAUGAAGUGUAAAUGGAAGAGCCAAACUAGCAAUCCGAGCCAAAAAUCCCUGUUUACUAUUUGCAAGCUGGAUAUAAAAAGACAAAACCAAAUUAUGAUUUAUGCGAUUUUGGUUUGGUUUAAACGUAAUCAAACCGGUCACAUGUGCCAGCUUUUAUUUUUCUAUUUAAAAAUGUUCUUCUUUUGAAAAAUGAGCGGCUUCAACGGUUAUAACGGAUAAUACAGAGACCAAAGAACUCAAAAUAGGAAAAAGAAGAUUUACAGAGAUGACUUUUUGUUCUUGGGGAAGACUAAAGAUACAGAGAAUACGACGAGAGAGGAGGGAGGGGGCUCGACGAUGAAGCUCUGGAAACGAGCUGCUGCUGCGAUCAAAGACCAGAAAAGCUUAAUAGCCGUCGGAUUCUCACGGCGAGCUUCAUACCGGAACACGGAUCUCGAAGCAGCCAUCAUCAAAGCCACCUCCCACGACGACUCCUCCGUCGACUAUUCGAACGCUCAACGCGUCUACAAAUGGAUCAAAGCCUCUCCUCUCAACCUCAAAACUCUAAACCACGCUCUAUCCUCCCGCGUCAACCACACGCGAAGCUGGAUCGUCGCGCUCAAAUCCCUGAUGCUUCUCCACGGUGUAGUCAGCUGCAAAGUCCCUUCCGUCGUAGGAGAGAUUCGUCGUCUUCCUUUCGAUCUCUCUGAUUUCUCCGACGGACAUUCAUCUCUCAGCAGAACCUGGGGGUUCAACAUCUUCGUUCGAGCUUACUUCGCUUUCCUUAACAGCUACUCUUCCUUCACAUCCGAUCAGAUCAUCCGCGCCCGCGCGAAUCUACGAUCUGACAAAGUCGAUUCCGUGAAGCAACAGCUUGAUAGGAUACAAAAACUGCAGUCUCUUCUCGAUUUGAUUCUCCAGAUACGUCCUAUUGCCGAUAACAUGAAGAGAGCGUUGAUCCUAGAAGCCAUGGAUUGCAUCGUCCUCGAGAGCAUCAACAUUUACGGUAGAAUAUGCAGCGGAAUCAUCAAAAUCCUCCCGGCGGCCGGCAAAACAGACGCCGCCAGGAGUUUAAAGAUCGUCAACAAGGCGACGUCUCAGGGAGAAGAUCUCGCUAUGUACUUCGAAUUCUGCAAAGGCUUUGGCGUCUCAAACGCGCGGGAUACGCCUCAGUUUGUUACUAUACCGAUGGCCGAAGUAGAAGCAAUGGAGAAAAUGGUCAAACGCGUCGAAAAAGAUGAAGAAGAAGUAGUGGAGGAGGAAGAGAAAGCCAUUGUACUGUUGGAGAAACCGAGAUUGCAGACGAUCAUAACAGACAAAUGGGAGACUUUCGAAGACGACGAGUAUUGUUUCAGCGAAAAAGCGAUUCAAGAAUAUCAUCAAGAUCCUCUGCCUCUUGUAGUAUCGAACCAGCCAGUUUGUUACACAAUGCCAGAUUUGAUUACGUUCUAGAGAACGUGCAGCAAAUCUGGAUGAGAUUGAUUCUUUUCACUUGGUUCUGGUUCUGUACAUAAUACAAUUUUUUUACCAGUAAAAAUUCAAGAAAAGAGGUACGUUUUUGAGUUACAUGCCGAGUUUGAUUCUGAGUUCUACAACAUAGCCUUAGGAAACAAACAAAACUUGAUUCCGAAUCUAAAGAAAAAAACAAAAAAAAAA